CUCCUCCUUUUUCUUCUCCUCCUCUUCCUCACCAUCAUCACCAUCAUCUUCCUCCUCCUCCUCCUCCUCCUCCUGCUCCUGCUCCUGCCGCUGCUGCUUCUCCCCCCGUUCCCUUGGAGCGGACCAUCCUGGUGCCUCUUUUGUGAAGCGGCGGCUGAGGAGACCGCGGGACUCGCCAUGGCCGACGAAAAGCCGAAGGAAGGAGUCAAGACUGAAAACAACGACCACAUUAAUUUGAAGGUGGCAGGGCAAGAUGGUUCAGUGGUGCAAUUUAAGAUUAAGAGGCACACACCACUUAGUAAACUAAUGAAAGCCUAUUGUGAACGACAGGGUUUGUCAAUGAGGCAGAUCAGAUUCCGAUUUGAUGGGCAACCAAUCAAUGAAACAGACACACCUGAACAGUUGGAAAUGGAGGAUGAAGAUACAAUUGAUGUAUUCCAGCAGCAGACAGGAGGCGCUUACUAAAAAGAAUCUACAACUCUUCUCCAGAACUGUGCUCCCAAGAAAAACAAUACAUUCACAAUUAGAAACCAAGAUUUGGUUCAUCCACAUCCUGACUACUGCAGUAUAGUUUUCUCUCUUCUUUGAUUCCCUUCCCCCGUUCCUUUAUUGUACAUAAAGUAACUGGUGUAUGUGCACAGG